AGUAUAAAUUGGCACUAGGGUUUCGAAUCACAUAGUUUCUCGUUUUCCUUCCUUUGGCAGCCGCAAGUAGCUUGAAGGUAAAACCCCUACUCCUCCAUUCCUGUCGCUUGAUCGUUCAAUCAGCUCUUCGGAUUUCUAACUCCGCAGCUUCUGUUGCUUUCUUUCUCCGGCAGGAAAUGGCUCCCGCCGCGAAGAGUGGUUUGGCCGUCGGUCUGAACAAGGGGCACAUAGUCACCAAGCGGGAUUUGCCGCCCCGUCCAUCUGACAGAAAGGGGAAAACAAGCAAGAGGGUUCAUUUGGUGAGGAACCUUAUCAGGGAAGUUGCUGGAUUCGCACCCUACGAGAAGAGGAUCACUGAGCUUUUGAAGGUCGGUAAGGACAAGAGAGCGUUGAAGCUGGCCAAGAGAAAGCUCGGAACCCACAAGAGGGCCAAGAAGAAGAGAGAGGAGAUGUCCACCGCACUCCGCAAGAUGAGGUCUGGGGGAGCAGGCGAAAAGAAGAAGUGAGGGGGAUGGGCAGUGCUGUUUUGUCCUCUCCAGUAUUUUGCUGUUAUAAGUUUUGAAAACGUUGUUCCAUUGAAGAGUAGUUUUAGUUUUAUGGUUCUGAUUGUUGACAGUAGAGCAAUGUAAUGCAAAGCAAUGCAGUCCAGUAUUUGGAGAACUUGAUUCUUGUUCCGCAGAGUGUAUGAAUGU